CGUCUGAAGUCUGGACGAACGUAUAUCCCGGCCCUGCGCACAGUUACUGGGUGUUGGCUUUCCCGCAAGGUGGAACCGGGAAUCAGGAUACUUGAUGAAGGUUUCGUAAAAUCUGCAGACCAUUAGUUUUUAGGAAACUUAGGGGAUAAGUAUUGAUCACAUCGAAACCUUAAAAUCCUCCUUGUGCUUCCUGGGUUCAAAAAAGAGCUUCUCGUAGAAAAAGUUAACCUUCACUGUAUUUAUUGACAAAGCUUCGUUCUACACGCUACGUGAAGAUGGUAGCCACAACGUUUAUAUCGCAAACUUUAACAAAAUCUUUCUUGCAGUGCUUUUGCAAAACUUGCCAAGUGCCUAAUGUAGAGAAAAAAGUAAUCUCUCCACCACCCAGGACUUCUAGUGUGGUGAGAAGGCCGCCGAAGAAAGUCGCCUUCCUGGCCACUGAAGUAAGAUGCUCCGAGCACUCCAAAGGUGGCAUCAAAUAUGAGCUUGUUCUCUCAGAACCAGUUGUGGAAUCGCCAAAACAUGUUGCCCUCUCGCCUCCCAAAUCGAAUCUUUCCAUUGAAGAUAUUGAAAAGAAACUCAAAGCUGCUGAAGAACGAAGACAGUCCAUAGAACUUAAAAAGCUGGAAUUUGUGACUGAGAAGCUAGGCAACUUGGAAAAUGUCAAAGUUAAGAAAGAAGAAUUCAACCAUAAUUUUAUGCAGUCUUCUAAAGAAACCUUGGAGCAGAAGUUGGAAUCUAUGAAAGAAAAUAGAGAAUCACACUUAAAAAAUAUCCAAGAAAAAGCUAGAGAGAUUACAACCAAAGUUGAAGAAAAGCGAAAAGGUGGCAACUCUCCUGACAGAGAAGAAAAGCUUGAAGCCAUCAAAAGGAAGUUGGAUACUGCCCAGGAGCAAAGAGAGGCCAUCCUCAAUAAUUUGCAAGACAAAUUGAAAGAACAUGAUAAACAUAUUGCUGAAGUGAAGAAACAGAUGGAAGAACAGACUGAAAAUCUCCGCGAGAAGAGCAUCAAGAAAUUGGAGCUAGCUCAAAUAAAGAGGGAGUCUAUGUUAAAAGAAAUCCAAGAGAAGAUGAAGGAGCAUGAAUCCCAUAUUCUUAAAGUUCGACAAUUAAAUGAAAUAAAUCACGGUGAAGAACGAUUGAGUCAAAUUCAACAGAAACUGAACAGCGCUGAGCGCAAACGAACUAUUCAAUUCCAAGCUAUGCUGGAAAAGCUCCAGGAACAUGAGCGACACAUUGAAGAAGUGCGACAGAAAGCUAUGUCUGUUAACAAUGAUGAAAACUGCAAAGAAAAUUUAUCGGGAUAAAUUUUCAAGCAAACCAUUGUUUGCUGGAAAUGUAACUGAUUAUUUUUAUGUUCCAAUCUGGCUGUUUCAACCUUAAUUUUACUUCUUUGAAGCAAACUAUGUGAUUUGCAUGAACAUGGUUAUUUCACAUUUUGAAAUAUAGAAAUCAGUGCUCCCACAUUUUUGUAAUGUCAGUUCUGCUGUGUGCCAUAAAAAAAAAAAGAGAAAUCAAAUGAUUCUUCUAACAAAGUUUAAGCAAAUGGCUUACCAAAAAUCGAAUGUAUGUGUUCUAAAUGUCACUAUAUAAUUCAUUUUGCAAUUUGUGCAUUAGUGUCCACUUACCUACAACUGUAACCUGUUUUGCAUUUCUUUUACACUAAUGUCGAUUUUAUAUAUAUAUACUCUUAUGGCCAGAUGCUCUAGCCAAUAUCUGCAGGGCAGAUAUGUAACUAUGCAAGAGGUUUUAAUUUAACUGUUAUUAACCAAAGUUCGAUAUUUUAUGUACCAAUUCGGAAUAUUUUGUUAACAAAUUGUGUAGUACUUACAGAAAUGUCUUGUGCCAGUCGUUUUGCACUGUUCUGGAUUGUUGUGUCCCAACCUGUUAUGUCAUCUGAAUAUACUGCUGUGCCCUUUUUCACAUUUUAAAGCCUUUAACUAUGAGCAUGUAAUAUCAGAUAAUUUCUAAAUGGACCAAUCUUGAUGGUUAGCCUGUAGAAAUGGGAAUUGCUUUUGCCUUAUGUAAUUUUUGCGCACUGUGAUUUCAAUUUUAUAGUGGUGCUGUCUGAUAUACUUAAUGUACGUUAAGAAAUUAUUCUUGUAUUUGUUUCUAACUUCUUUUUAUUGCUAUGUUCUAUUUUUAUACUGCUGUUCAUUUGCAUCCAUUUUGUCUAUAUUACAACUUGUCUGCCUUAUUAGCUAGGUCAUAUCAAAUCUAGUGUCUCUACGUCAAUUCCAAGGUCUUAAUUGUUUGAAACCUCUGAAGCAACCGUAUAGAAUAGCUUAUAAGAAGCGUAAGGCAAGAAAAACAGAAUUAGCAAUGUAUCAAGCAUAUGAUUAAAUCUAGAUUUGUUCAUUAAAAAUGUCCUACAAACA